AUGAUGAAGUGUACCGAGGACGAUACGCGAGAAGGUAGCAGCUAUCAGUUUCUAGACCUCACCGAUGCCGGCCAGAAUGAGGCGUCCGCUUUAAUGGGUAUAUUGUAUCCCGCGCCCGAUGCUACCGCCCAAGGCGGAUCGUCACCCUGUCAGCCGAGUACGGUACGCGAACAUCGCGUAGCAUACCUUCCGCCGAUGCAGCGACCCAAGGAGAUAGAGCAGAGAGAUGGGAAAGACCUGGUGUCUGUAGGGCUUCCUCAGCAUUUAACUCAGCUGAACGGGUUAAACCCCAAUGCGCGAGCCUUCGAUCCGGUUCCGGUAGUAUUUUUGCCCCGAUCGACCAUUGUUGGUGGCGGAGGCGGUACCAAACCUCGAUCGUUCGGAAAGGAAUACGCGGAACAGGAGAAUUUGCCAGUAGUAGCAGCAACAACACCACCAGCGCCUCCUGGUGGAAUGAUGUUCGUACCCGUGCGGAAACAUUCUCUAGUAUCAGGUUCGAGUCGUCCGUUUGUGUUGCUGGAUCAACCGCAGCAUCAGCCAUCCCCGCUAUUGUCCACUCCUUCGACUGUCGGUAAUGUUGGACUUGUUAGCAGAUCUUCGUAUCUGUCUCAAGGAGCGGGUCUGCUUCGCACGACAUCGAUCGUCGCAACGCCACCAACAUCAGCACCACCGCUGCCGAAUUUCGUAAACGAAGGCAACAGCAGUAGUGCGUUCGUCGUCGAUACAGAGAACGUCCCCGCUAGUGGAGAACAGUGGAUCGGUUUUUCGAUCCAGUCGACGGCCACGAGCGUCGCAGGUGGAGCAGGAGGAGGAGGAGGAGGAGGAGAAGUCAUAGCACGGACUUCCGUAGUAACGGCUGCGACUAUGCCUCCACACACCAACAAUCCGCAUCACCUUCAGCAGCAGCAGCAGCAGCAACAACAACAGCCGCAACACCAGCAGCAGCAGCUAGGUUCGGGAGCAAACAAUCAACAAGCUACAGGAGGACAGCAGCAGCCCGGCCAAGGAGGUCCACCUCAAACACAGCCACAUAAUGUUGGUGGUAGAAAUGGUGGUGGGAGCGGUGCGGGUGGUGUCAACAGUACAGGCGAUACCGGUGGUCGAAAUGCUGACCGGGAGAACGGCAAUCAGCAAAUGCAGCAACAGGCCGUUUCCGUGUCGAACCCACAUCAGCAGCAAAUGUUACCGCACAUGUACACCUCAAUACCGACAUCGGCUUACAUCCCACCGGGACCGCACGGAAUGUAUCCGGUGCAGAUGUUGCAACCAACAGGUGCACAGGUACCGAACAACGUAUUCGUUGGCAAUUUAACAGCGAACGUGAGCGUUCAUGGAUAUCCGGCGAUUUCACCGUACCUAGCGACGACUACCGCACCGCAGGGUGCUUACAUGCAAACGGAUGUUGGGGCCAGUCCAGAGAUGCAGCUGAUGCCACCAACGCCGGUAACGAUGCCGGGACGUGGCACGAUGCGGCGUGGAGGGCGGAACAACCGUGGCGGAAAUAAUUCUCGUUCGCGGGGAGGAUACGUGUCGCAUUACAUACAACAUCAGCAGCACCAGUCGUAUCAUCACCAACAACAGCAUGCCCAAAGCUACCAUCAGGGACUUCAGCAGGGUGUAUUGCAACAGCUAUCACACCACCAAGGCGGACAACCCCCAAUGCAACAGCAGGCUCAGCCCCAACAGGCCCAGCAGGGUCAUGGUGGAGGUCAGCAACAAACUCCUCCUACCUCUGUUAGUGGAGGAGGUCAGCAAUCACAGCAAAUGUCGCAGCAACAACCACCGCAUCCUCCGCAGCAACACACGCCCGAGCUGAUGCAUAUCGAAGCGCCACCGAUGAUGGGUGCUGCUGGAGCACAGUACGGUAAUCUGCACGGUGGUUUCUACCUUUUGCCACCGAUGGCUCAACAUGCCACUGGUACGCCGCUGUUCAUGGCCGCGCCUCACAUGCAGAUGUACUACAAUGCACCUCUGCAUGGUUAUCCUAAUUUGGUGUAUCCGUCCUACAUCCCGUCAGAAUAUCAAUUGUACGACGACGGGAAGGGUGAUGACGGAGGCGGUCCACAUGGUGGCCAGGGGCAAGGUCACGACGAUCCAGGUGUACACCCGGGGGCAGCAAUGUGGCCCCAACCCCCGCACAUGGCGCUUGAUUAUCAUCCUGAAACGGGUGAAUAUAUGCCUGUUCACGAAGAUGAUGGAAGCGGUGCAACGGGUGGAAUGUUAGCUCAGGGUCCGCCACCGCCACCACAGUCGAUACAGCCUACGAUGGGUCACGUACUGGAUCCGAACGUUCCCGGUUUCACGAUGCACGCUAUGACACCUGCUCCGGUCGUUUCGAUGGCUGCUCCAGAGGAAUAUGGCAUGCAACCGCAACAGCAGCAUGUAGGGGCAGCUUCUCUGCCACAGGUUGAGGAUUACAACGGAAACGGUAACAUUCCGACGAGCUCCAAUGCAACAUCUACCAUGCACUCUCCGAUAGUGGUUACCUCGGUCGCACAGCAUAACCUCGUAGGGGGAGUUCCGCAACCAGAGGAGAUGAUGGUUAGUGGUGGGUACUUGGUUGGGGCUGUUCCUCCACAGUCGAUGCCAUUGGAUGGAUCGACGGAGGUGUUAAUGGUGGCACCGGAUCAGCACCAACAACAGCAACAGCACGGUCCACCAUCCGGAGUUUUACCGUCGCCAGUGAUGGACAGUGGUACACAACCCAUGAACAACAACUUCAUCGUUGAUCCGCAGUACAUCCAAGCGCAUCCUCCACCAUCGCAACAUGCUCCGAUACAACCAACGCCUCAUCAACAGACAUCUCUUCAGCCACAACAAUAUCAACAGGUUCAACCGCCACAAGGAGCUACAAUAAGUGCGACGGACUCUCCACCAUCAACUACCAAUCAAACUUUCCAACAGACGGGUCCAAGCAUGGCAACAUCGACAGUAGCUGGUGUUGCUAGUAAUAUGAUUGAUGGUAGCGGAAAUGAUUCAAAUAACAACAGCAGCCUCAACCGUAAAUCCGACAUCAAUACCUCACCGAAGCUCGUUGAUGCCGUUGUAAUGACGAACACAUCGCCACUGCCGUCCACUGUAAAUGUUAGCACCGCUACAUCAAUUCCCCAGCAAAACGAGCGAACAUCGCCAGCGAUGACGACCCAUCGGGGGGUAGAAAACACGUCUGCAACGAAACAGGCGAAUGCAUUAACUAAUGUGCCAAAUCAGGGAUAUCAACAUCAGCAGCAGCAACAGCCUCUACCAAUUCUCGGCUAUGCUGCGGCUGUUGCAUCGCAAGCCCCUCCAUCAAGAAGUCGUUCCGAUCAGUCGGAAUUCGUGAAGGGUACUCAUGAACGAAUGGAGAAACUCACGAUAAAGGAUGCAGAACAUAGGCGCACGGCGGCUGUGGUUGGUGGUGGAGUAAAUCCACAACGUAGUAGUGCCCUGCAGUCGGCAGGGCAAUCUAAUACAGGAAGUGGGUGGGUCAAUAACAGCGGCGUGGGACCAAAGAAGGGUACCGCUUCGGUUUCAGUUUCAGCGAUACCGAACAAGGAGUUUCCCAGUUCGACCAGUCAUCAGAAUAAAAACACAUCUCCGGCGCCGUUCACAACACUGGUUGGAACCGUAGCGACUUCAUCAUCAUCGAUCACCUCUUCGACUUCGUUAUCUUCCAGCAAGCAAUCACAGCAGCAGAAACCGUUUGCGGAUCACAACCAGCGCUCUUCGAGUGCAGCACACAGCUGUAAUACCUCGUCGGCAAGCGCAGCAAUUCCCAGCGGAGUGAGCAGUUCCAGCGGCGGACAGGCCGGAGUCGUUCCACCUCAGAUGGAGUCGAAGAAGGUGGAAGCGAUCCCGCUGCGGCCUGUUCCAGCGGCAGCUUCUGCGGCUAUAACGGCGAGCUCGGUCGGAGCUGCGGAACUGGCGAAGCAACACGGUCCCGGGGAAGUGGUAAUUUUACCUAGGCCGUCUGCUACAUCAACUACCAUAUCUACUAAUACUAACACGAUACCACCCGGUGCCGCACCGCCGCAACCCAACAAAACCUGGGCCAGCCUGUUCCAAACGUCGUCUUCAUCUUCAUCGUCUGUGUCAGCGGCCUCUGCACUGUCGUCUUCGGCGUCAUCGGUUUCAACAGCAACAGCAGCGCAAGGAACAGUAACGGCAGUCUCUGGUACUUCAGCAGCUUUGUCUACGGGAUCGGUCGGACAGACAGCACAAGGUAGCACAUCUACUGGUACAGGCGCUACUUCUUCUCAGCAUCACGUUACAGGAUCGUCUGGAGUUAAUUUUGCGCCCUCCUCUAACCGGCCAACAACAGCACCGGCGGGAACUUCAGCUACGUCAGUAGUUGCUAAUCCCCCGUCUAGUGCUGAUGUGUCUACAUCGAGUGCGAAAAAACCGGUGGCUAAGGUGCAACCGUAUGAAAGAAAUCAUCAGACGCCGUCAACAACAAGUGCACCGAUGUCCUAUUCAUCUGCUGCAGCUUCCACGCCAGCCAGCGGUACAACAAACUCAACUCAGGUGACGUCCGGCAAAGGAAAAGUCGCUCAAACAACUGUAUCGAAAAAGACAGCAUCCACUGAUGCAACAGCAGGUGCAGGUUCGGCUACAUCCAUCGGAGAUCAGAAGGACGAUUUUUCGUUGAAGUUUGGAGAUUUUCUAAGCGGGUACAUCAUUGACAACAGUAGCACAAGCAUAACUCCUCGUGGUUUGAUCAAUCGAUCUAAUUAUUGCUACAUUAACACUAUACUGCAGGCGCUAGUGGCUUGCCCACCGUUUUAUCAUUUGAUGCGAACAAUUCGUAAUCUGCCAGCUGCGAAAAAUUCCAAACAUCCGAAGCCGUUCAUCGAUGCCAUGUGUUCGUUGGUGAGUGAAUUUUCACAGCUUCCAAUGCGGUCGAAACCGCAGCGCGGAGAAAAAGGCAAGAAGGACGAAACCCCGGAACUACAAGUCGACACACCGUUCGAACCGAUCGUCAUUUACAAGAUGCUGAAUGGAAUUCGCUCAGACAUGUUCCAAAUCGAAGGACGACAGGAAGAUGCGGAAGAAUUCCUUGGCUGUGUUCUAAAUCGCCUUAACGAUGAAAUGAUAGAGUUCAUGAAGUUGGUUAAAUCAGAGCAAGGCAAUGUGAACGGCGAAGAACCAUCGAAUGGCGAGACGCACGCGGAAGAGGACGCCGAUGACUGGAUGCUUAUUUGUGGUAAUCGCAAUAAGGGCACAGUGACACGUACCACCGAUUUCGGGCAUUCACCGAUAAGCGAUAUUUUCCGAGGCAAACUACGAUCCCGCGUUCAGCGCGAUGGUGUGCCACCGACCUACAACAUACAACCGUUCUUCACACUUCCCUUGGAUAUAGAGAAAGCUGCAUCUGUAAAAGAAGCUCUUGAGCAGCUGGUUGGUCGUGAUGAACUUGAGGGUGUAACGUGUUCGAAAACGAAGCAAGAGGUAGCCGCCUGGCAGCAAGUAACGCUGGAAGAACUACCCGUGGUACUGAUUCUCCAUCUAAAGUGUUUUGACUACAAAAUGGACGGGUGCACGAAGAUACUAAAAACGCUGGACUUCCCGAUAGAAUUGAAGAUUGAUUCAAAACUGAUGUCCUCGAAGGGUAAAAGUUACUCAGCCAAGCAGAAGCAGUAUAAACUGUUUGCGGUUGUGUACCACGAUGGCAAGGAAGCGUCUAAGGGACACUAUAUUACCGAUGUGUAUCAUUCCGGUUACGGUAGCUGGAUUCGGUACGAUGAUAGUAUCGUCAAACCGAUACCGGAGUUUAAUGUUUUGCGACCCCGUGCGCCACGAGUACCGUAUCUGUUGUACUAUCGUCGAAUGGAUACUCAGAGCCAUGGUUCGAACAGUGACCGUGGUGGUGGUGAUGGUAUUGGAGGAAGUGGAGCUAGUGGAGGCAGUGGCCGCGGAAGCUCAUCCCAUUCUAACGCUUCCGAAAGACAUUUUUAUCAGAGCAACGAUCACGCUCGUGGAACAAGUGGUGGUGGCUACGGUGGUAACAGUGGCUACGGAAGUGCUCAUGCUAGUAGUGGUGGAAGUCAUUACGGAAGUGGGGGACAGGGUAACAGUGGCCAUUACAGUUCUAAGUAA